GCGAAAAUGAGCCUAGCUCAAAAUAAUGUAACUUAAUUAUCUGCUCGUUAUUUACUUGUAAUUCAUUGAUGAAGCUACAUUUUUUAGACGAAAUUCAUCGACGAUGGCGCUAAAUUCAUCCAAUAGCUUAGGCGACGGAGAACCAGUAAUCAGAGUCCAAAAAUUAGUCGAAACACAGCCGUCUCGUGUUCCGCCCCAGUACAUCCAGCCGCCGCAUCACCGUCCCUCCGACACUAAUAAAUCCACCGACCUCAAAAUUCCGGUGAUCGAUCUUUUCGGAUUUGAUACGGCCCACAGACAAGCUGUUCGAGCCGCCAUUGGCCGAGAAUCAAGCGAAUGGGGAGCUUUUCAAGUUAUCAACCAUGGAAUUCCUUUAUCGUUGUUGAACCAGAUGAGGACUGCGGCUCUCUCUUUCUUCAGAGAUUGUCCCGUCUCCGACAAGCUCGCCUACGCUUGCGAUCCUAAAUCCUUCGCUUCCGAAGGUUAUGGCACACAAAUGCUCCUCGAUAAAGACGUUGACUCGCAAUCUUCGGUGCUUGAUUGGAGAGAUUACUUCGAUCACCAUACGCUGCCACUUUCUCGCCGAAAUCCUUCUAAUUGGCCUCAUUUUCCUUCCAAUUAUAGGGAGCUUAUGGCACAGUACAGCGAUUGGAUGAAAUUGCUUGCCCAACGUCUCCUAGCACUUAUCUCUGAAACUAUUGGGCUGCCUUCGUCGUGGAUGGAGGACGCCAUCACUGGUAUGGGUGCUGAAGAAGGUUUUUAUCAGAAUAUUACUGUCAGUUAUUACCCUCCAUGUCCUCAGCCUGACUUGACGCUUGGUCUGCAAAGCCAUUCCGACAUUGGCGCCAUCACUCUGCUAAUACAAGAUGAUGUUGGCGGCCUUCAGGUUCUCAGUGCGCAAGGUGAUUGGGUCACUGUUCAGCCUGAUCCUGAUGCCAUUGUCGUCAUUUUAGCUGACCAAACUGAGAUUCUAACUAAUGGGAAGUGCAAGAGUGCGGAACAUAGGGUGAUUACAAAUUCUAGAAGGGCAAGACUCUCAAUCUCUGCUUUUCAUGAUCCGCCGAAGGCAGUAAAAAUAUUGCCUGCUGCAGAGCUUGUUAGUGAGUCUUCCCCCCUUAGGUAUCGCGAAGUUAUUUAUGGAGAUUAUACAUCAUCAUGGUACUCGAACGGCCCUGAAGGAAGAAGAAAUCUGGAUGCAGUCAAGCUUCACAACUAGUAUCAUUAUGGAAAUAAACUUCAACGAUCUAUCUAUAAAGUUCAAAGGAGAGUUAGGGAACAGAUCAUUAACGUCUCUACCAGCCUGUAUGGAAUGAUGACUUGAGAAGUUCUUAAAGAAAGUGUUUUUAAGCAGUUGAAAAGCAUUCCGAUGGGUCGAAGUUUUUAAAAUUUUUUCUUUAUAGUUGACAGAAUAUAUUAAAAGGCUUGUUUAUUUAAUUAUGUGGCUCAUAAUAUUGCUAGGUGGGCCUGGUCCAAUGGGGAAAGUGGGAAGUGGGCUUAUACUCCGCCUUGGUUUGUUUCUUCGUUUUCUUCGUUUUCUUUGGAUAUUUUUUGUGUAAUUUUUCUGAUCUGUUGCUUUGAUUUUAUCCUGUUGCUAUUAAAAAAAAAAUUGUUGAUUAUGAAAAAUAUUUGAUUAAGUUGUAAUAUAUCUGGAUGCUUGUAGCUUGGUUUUGUGUAGCUCAUGUUUGGAUCAUGUAGAGGAAUGAGCUAUAAAAGCUUGAUUUAUGCAAUUUUUUUUAAUAUAAUGGGGUUGGGAGAUUCAAACCACGGACCUCUUGGUCACAAACAAAUUUGUAUAUCAAUUGAACUAGAUUUAUGUACUUUUUAUUUGACAUUGGGUUUAUGAUUUAUAAAAGUAAUUGUGCAUACUAAAAGUAAGCUUGUUUAUGUAA